GUGACACCGACCAGAGGCGUGUAGUUCAAGACGCAGUUAGAGUCGCGCUCUAAAACCAGAUGCCAGCAACAUCACACCUCUUCUGGCACAAAAACUAUUAAUCCUUUUUUUUUCUUCCUGGUUUGGCACAAAAACAUAACCGUCCUGUUUUUUUUAUUAAUGAAGAAUGGGCUGCGCAAUAUCAGGUCUGGCAGCAAAAGCAGAGUUUGGAGGGAAGACUACAGAGGAUGGUGCAGCUGCUUUGUAUCCCAGCGAGGAUCAGGUUCAGAUGAUCAAGGAGUCAUGGAAAGUUAUCCGGGACGAUAUAGCCAAAGUUGGGAUUAUUAUGUUUGUCAGGUUGUUUGAGACCCAUCCAGAAUGUAAGGAUGUCUUUUUCCUGUUCCGAGACGUGGAGGACCUGGAGAGGUUGCGGAACAGCAGGGAGCUCAGGGCACACGGCCUACGGGUGAUGUCUUUCAUCGAGAAAAGCGUGGCCAGACUGGACCAGCUGGAGAGACUGGAAGCUCUGGCUCUGGAGCUGGGAAAAAGCCAUUACCAUUACAACGCUCUGCCUAAGUACUACAGUUACGUCGGAGCAGAAUUCAUCUGCGCCGUGCAGCCCAUCCUGAAGGAGAGGUGGACGGCCGAGCUGGAGGAAGCAUGGAAGACCAUGUUCCAGUAUCUGACCAGCCUCAUGAAGCAGGGAUACGAGGAGGAGAGCAACCGACAGCGCCACCUCGCACUCUCCCCGAAGGAAAGACCAGACAAGAAGAACACAGCGCUAUGAGAUGCUUCUUCUCUUAACACAACUCAGACUGUUUUUACCAGUGCAGCACAGAAAUGUGUUCAUGUAUAUAGUGUAUUUAGUGUCUCCUUUUCUACAUUGCUCGUGUUUACAUGUUUACUGCAGUCAUUGUUUGCUUUUUUUAAUCACUAUGGACAAAAGAACAACGUAGUGAUUUUCAACAAC